AAAGACCCCAAUCCUUGGCUAAGGAGGAUGAAUGGAGUCUCACAAUGGUGUGCAGGGCCUUUUCCUGUGCUGUGCUGUUCUUCAGAGAAGCAUAGACAUGGAUUUCAGGACAGGUCCUAACAAGACAAAUGAACGGGUCCAUCAUGAACCUUCCCAGCUGAGCGAGAAACAUAUCUCUAGCUUUCAGGGAGAAAGUGAAGAGAAGGAAAAGGACACUAACUCUGAGAUCCUUGUGGCUAAUUUUUCAAAUAUCUAUGCAUCGGACUUGUUGCCUACUAGGAAUGGUGAGGAAUUAACAGACCAGUUCCUGCUUGAAGUGGUAGAAAUUCUCCUGAAUUACAUUAAAAAAGCCUAUGAUGGGAAGAGUAAAGUUCUGGACUUUCAUCACCCCCAUCAGCUUCUGGAAGGCUUGGAAGGGUUCAGCUUGGAACUGCGUGAUCAGCCAGAGCCUUUGGAACAGAUACUUGUUGACUGUAGGGAUACCUUAAAAUAUGGAGUUAAAACAGGACAUCCUCGCUACUUCAACCAACUCUCCAGUGGCCUUGACAUUGUUGGACUAGCUGGCGAAUGGCUGUCAGCUACUGCAAAUACAAACAUGUUUACAUAUGAAAUAGCUCCAGUGUUCGUUGUCAUGGAGGAGAUCCUUCUCAAGAAAAUGCAUGAAAUGGUUGGAUGGGGAGAAACGGAAGCAGAUGGCAUAUUUUCUCCUGGUGGUACCAUAUCAAACCUCUACAGUGUUCUAGUGGCUCGUUAUAAGCGGUUUCCUGAGAUUAAAACCAAAGGCAUGGCAGCACUUCCACACAUUGCACUGUUUGUUUCUGAACAUAGCCAUUAUUCAGUAAAGAAAGCUGCAGCGGUCCUUGGAAUUGGGACAGAUAAUGUAAUUGCAGUAAAGUGUGAUGAAAGAGGGAAGAUGAUUCCAUCAGAUUUGGAGGCAAAAAUACUCAAAGUCAAGAGACAGGACCAUAUCCCACUGUAUGUCAGUGCCACAGCUGGUACAACAGUGUAUGGAGCUUUUGAUCCUCUUGACAACAUUGCUGACAUCUGCGAGAAGUAUGGACUCUGGAUGCAUGUGGAUGCAGCAUGGGGAGGUGGGCUGCUGAUGUCUAGGAAACAUUCCUUUAAACUUAAUGGCAUUGAAAGGGCCAAUUCUGUCACCUGGAAUCCACACAAAUUGAUGGGCGUUCCACUUCAGUGUUCUGCCUUCCUGGUCUGUGAAAAGGGUCUUCUGCAAGCCUGUAAUCAGAUGUGUGCUGGGUAUCUGUUCCAACCAGACAAACAGUAUGAUACAACUUAUGACACAGGGGACAAGACCAUUCAGUGUGGUCGGCAUGUUGAUGUCUUCAAACUUUGGCUAAUGUGGAAAGCUAAGGGCACUCGAGGCUUUGAGAUUCUUAUCAACAAAUCCCUUGAACUUGCUGAGUAUCUUUACAAGGAACUGAAUUCAAGAGAGAACUUUGAGCUUGUAUUUGAUGCCGAACCUGAACUCACCAAUGUGUGUUUCUGGUACAUUCCACCAAAUCUUAGAAGAAUACCAAACGGGCCAGAACGAGAGAAAUUACUUCAUCAGGUUGCUCCAAAAAUAAAAGCACGGAUGAUAGAAGAAGGAAUGACGAUGGUUAGCUACCAGCCACAUGGGGACAAAGUGAAUUUUUUCAGAAUGGUCUUUUCCAACCCAGCUACUAGGAAAUCAGACGUUGACUUCCUCCUUGAAGAAAUUGAAAGGCUUGGCAAGGAUUUGUGAUAACUGACGCUGCACUUUGAAAUGGGCUCAAUUUUGUUCUGGUAUAAUGGGCACCAUUAAACAUGUUCCCUUUGCUACUCCAUGUUACUUUAAUUUAUUAUGGCACCUCCUGUUCUAAGGAUAGGAAGAUACUGCAGUUACUGGAGGUACCUAGAGUAAUGAAAGCUCAACUUUUUUUAAUGGAACCCCCUUUAGACAUGAGAUCUCAUCAUUUCACGGGGCUUGAGAGUCACUGUAUGCACCCUUCUUAACUGUAUCUUUUUCCUCUCCGCCCCCUGGCUUGUUUUCUAGCAAAGCGGUGUUGAGGCUUAAGGUUUACCUUUGUUUUCAUAGGCUCCUUUGACGGGUCUCAGGCCCUAUAAAUAUAGCACUCUUUUUGUCAUUAGUUGAAGAGAGCAGAAUACAGAGGCAGGAGCUCCAGAAUGGCCUUUGGCUCAAAGCUUUCUUCAUCACAGUGUGUGUGAAACCUUGUAACUACUCAUGGCAGUCAAAUUAUCCUAGAAUACAGCUUUUUUUGGUUUUCUGUCCAGCCACAUUAGUACUUAGUAGGAAGUGUUGUUUGCAUGCUUGCACUUUUAUUGGUUUCUAUCCCUCGCUUUGGUUUUGAUGACUUCAGUAAACACAUCUGUGCAGGCUUCCCUUCACUCUCCCUCUUUUACAUUGCAUUUUACAUCUCAAGUUUAGCACAACAGUGUAACUCAUCCUAUGUGUCCACACAGUGGAUUCAAAGAACAUGAAGGGCAUUACUCUCCGGUACUGGUUACUGUUAUAGUGUUGGCUGUUCUGUGGAGCCUCUACUCUCCCUCUGGUGCAAGUGGGUAGAGCCUUGGCCUGGACUCUCCCUUCCACUGCCUUGCUCCCCACUGUGCCAGCACAGCUGAGCUGGUGCAAAGAGGGAAGUAUAGGACUGGCACAGAUUACUCCCUGCUCACUGUCUAGAACAAGUGGCAGCUAGGGACCAGAUAACUACACACUGCUAAUAACUCAGGGCUUGUGGCAAAGUCACAGCCUAGCCCUUAAUGAUUAUGAUUUAUUCAGCCAUACUUCCUUCUGACUCUGCCACAAGUGAAUAUAAAGGAAUGCUACAGAUUUAUUUAGUUCUUCCACUGCGUGUAUUCCUGAGAACCUUUGGGUGCAUGGAUCAACAUAUGGAUCACUUAGAAAUAACUGAACAAGGCUCUGGAGAAUAUACUGUAGAGAACUAUCCUGCACUGGGUGGAAUAAAUGACAUAAUAGGGUUUUUUUUAAUUCCUGUCUAAUUUUUAUUCUCAUUUUACAUUACAGAUAACACUAAAGUUAACACAGUGUAUGUUGUAUUAGUAAUUAGUAAUAAGUUCAGUUAUUUAGACAACUUUUCUAAAGGUUUUGUUAUGAAGGAUAUAUUUUUUUAAAUUUUCUAUUUUAAGGUCUGGCAUUUGUUUCAUAUUUAUUUACCUGUGUGCUGUAUUGUUUUGGUUUUUUAGCCCUAUGGUAGUAGGCAUUUCAAGUAUGCACAUGAAUAGGGAAUCCACUAAACAAUGAAGCAUGAUAUGAGAUCAGAUUUGUAGCUGGAAUGUAUAUAUAACUUUGAGAAUUGCUCCCUUUGGUAAGUAGAGAAAAAGGUGGGUUAAAACACUGGGCUGUGCAUGUAUGCGAGAAAGGGAGAUCUACUGUACACUGCAGCGAAGCUACAUCAAAACUUCAACU